UGGAAUAUAGCGAUGGGGAAUAGAAUGCUAGUCCUGACCUGUUCUUCAAAGCUUGCCUCUCUCAGAAGGCUACUGACACAUAGCUUUCCAGAGUCCUUGAAGGUGUGCGGGGCUUUGCAUCAUGUGAUUGAGAAAAAUCCUUUUAGGCUUCAGGUUUUGGUGGACCAGUGGCCAGACUUUACUUCUGUCAUAUGUCGACCUCCAUUGGAAGAAAUGACAGAUCCUUCAGAUCCUUACACCAACACAUAUUUUCUCUUCAGUAAAGACCCACAGCGGUUGCGACAGUUCCUCCAAGAUCCUCAAACUGUGAACUGGAAGCAAGAGUUACAGAUACAGAUACAAGGGUGUCAGCCAACAUUGACUGGCGUCCUUCAAGAAGUCAGCUCCAAGCAUGGCAGCCAAAUGCAUACCAUAAGUAAUCUGUUAUAUAUGAGAGAUGGAAUGGAGAGUAAAGACCUGGAGAACAUGAGCAAUAUAAGUGACCUCCAGUUCUCUACCCUCAAAGCUGAGGAAGCCUACCUUGUCAAUGAAGUCUGGUCAUCAGGUGGGAACCCACUCAGUGAACGAUACAUCAGUCAUUGCAUCCAGAGCUUUCCCAAUGUUUUCGCAAGAAAAUUGGGUGUUGGGAAACCUGUUGCCUGGACAAUGAGUGAACAAGCUGCAGAAAUGCGUAUGGGGUAA